AUGAAUAGUAGCAUAUGGAUACAACUUGUUACACUAAUUGUUUGUAUAAUAAUAGUUGCAUGUAAAGAUUAUUAUGAGAUAUUAGGCGUAAAACGAGAUGCUAGUGAUAAAGAAAUUAAACGACGUUUUCGUCAAUUAGCUUUAAAAUAUCAUCCAGAUAAAAAUAAAGAUCCAAAAGCUGAAGACAAAUUUCGUUCCAUAGCUGAAGCAUAUGAUAUAUUAAGUGAUCCAACUAAACGUGAACAAUAUGAUUGGCACGGUCAUGAAUCAUUUACAUCAUCAAAUUCAAAUCAUUAUUCAAAUUUUCAUUUUAAUAUGAAUGAUUUUUUUCAACAUUUUGAUUCAGACUCAUCUAAUUUUUAUCAAGCUGAUCAUAAUCAUUUUGGUUUCAAUUUUGAUUCAUUGUUUGAUGAUGAAGAUGAUAGUUAUGAAACAGAUUAUUAUUCUAAUGGAAAUUAUUUUGAUUUUGGUGAUUUUGGUAGUGAUUUAUUUGAUAGAAGUGAUAAUAUGUAUGUUCACACAUCGGAUUCUUCUCAACGACAUUGUCGAACGUAUACAACAAGACAAGGAAAUACAGUAUCGACCGUAACAGAGUGUUCUUAA